AAGACGCAGUCAAGGUUCAUUGUCGCCCCUGUUUGAUCCACGUAAACUCCUCAAUUCAAAGUCCAAAGACCGCCGGCCUAUGUGCGUGGUAAAGGCCCUAUCGAAAUAAAAGAACGUAAAAAGAAAAUAAAAAUCAGUACGUCGAAGUUUCUUUGCUGAAUUCACAUAUAGGCGUGAAUAGUAUUUUUUUGUGAUACAAUAUUUGUGGUGAAAUUUUUCAUACUUGGGAUAAUGUUAAGUGCCGUGUGAUAAACAUGAGGUAAUCUAGGAUGAGGAUGUGUUUUAAAGUGUGGCAGAGUUAACAUGGAUGUAGCUUUCUCAAGUACUUGAUUAACGUAUUACAGCGUGAUAUAAACCGAAGACAAGAACAACAAAAGGCCAUGACCUUGACCUUGGGCCAGCCGCCAACAUAAUGUGAAGGAUGAAUAUCCACCGUUCUCUCAUAGCACUCACCUGUCUGCUGCUGAUUCCGGUCACGUGGUCCAGACGUCAUCGGCGUCAAACUUGUGUGACGCAACAACGCCUGAGGGACAAGUGGCACUUCAUUGACCAGAGCAAGCACGUCUUCAUCCGUAUCCGUGCUCACCAGGUCGUCUACAAGCAUGGCAAGACCAAGGUCAUCAAGUACAGGUGCGUGGAGAGUCAAGGCAACAUUUACCUGCUCAGACGCCCCAAGUACAAGAACGAGGAUGACGGGGUGCUGUGCUUGGGGUUCAGUUACAUCGCCGACCACCCUCGGGCUGAGUAUGUGGUGCUGAGACUCAUAGGCCCAGGAGACGGCCCCAACCUACUCAGCCCCGUUAUAUCCGAAAAAGACACCAAGCUAUCUAUAGCCACCACCUGUGACGUCCAAGGCUCCUACAUCGAGCACCAUCCAGCAUACACAACCAACGCCUUUAUACGACGUGCCCCCCCAACUCUUACCCUCUUAUCGAUCACAUCUACAGUACCAGGUUGCAAGUUUCCUCUGGAACUCAGGGGGAGGUGGAACUAUACGUACCAGCACGCCAAGUCGCUGGAGAUAUGGCAGCGGAAUGCCACGUUGCAUUUGAUGAGCGGGGAGAGUGUCAAGUUUCUGUGUGACAAACGUGAUGGUGGGGUGUUUGUGUUUAGAGCCAAGGAGUAUGUCAGCAAGGAUGAGGACGCCAUUAUGUGUGCUGAGUUCACUCCCAUGCCAGAUGACCCCUUCUACAAAUUUGAGAUGUCGCGACAUAAUAGCGGGAACCUGCUGGACGGUCAACUGAGAUCUGUGUCAAAGUCAAGGCCUGUCUAUGUCCACGUGGACUGUGACUGGAUAGGCAGCCCGGCAAGACCAGAGUUCUUGUACCCGUAACGUUCUUACCUGAUGUGUGUUAGGUGUGUGUGUCAGGUGUGUUAUGUUUGUCAGGUGUGUUCAGUGUGUCA